AUGCUCAUUUUCAUUGACGAGUUUGUGGUGCGAGAUAUGGAGCGUACUGCUAGGCUCGCGACGAUCACAUCGCCUCCAAAAAAUGCAAGGAAUUCUUGGGUUAUUUACAUACAACGCGGUUUGACGGCCCAUACAAGGAUAUGUGGAACAAGUGGGAGCCGAUUGAAUGUAGAGUUCGGUAGAGACCAUCCCGAAAUGCGAGUUCUUCUGGAAAAACUGAAAUAUAUCGACUUCGAGGCAAGGUGCACGUUGCGCUGGAUUACAGAA